CUGCUUACGAUCGCUGGGAGUUGUCUUCUGCAUGCAUUAAAGAGUCUGCGGGUUUAACUCUGAAUGUGCUGAUAUUAGCGGGUGCAUUAAUAGUGAAGACACCUCAACUACUAAAUGUCUUCAUUGCAAAGAGCGCCAGCGGCCUCUCUUACUGGGCUAUCCUCACAGAGGUGUUUACAGCAGAGUUGGUUGUCGGAUAUAACCUCCUCAGCAAACACCCUUUCUCUACUUGGGGGGAGGCCGUCUUCAUAGGAGCUCAGAAUUUGGUGCUGCUGCUGCUGUACUGUAUGUACACCCCAGGCAGCAGCAGCAAGCGGCAGCGCGGGUUGCUGCUGCUGCUGUCUUCUGCUUUGCUGCUGCUGGCUUCAUAUAAAAAUCUGCUGUCUCCUUCUGCAUGCGCCUUUAUACACCGCAGUGUGGGGCUGGUGCCGAUGGCUCUCAACGGGGAGCAGCAGCAGCAGCAGCAACAGCAACAGCAGCAGCAGCAGCAGCAGCAGAAGCGGAAGGUGUGCAUGCUGGUCUUGAGGCAUCACAUCGUAGAGCGCGACCCUGACUGGCUAGCAGAUUGGAUUGUCUUUGUGAGUCUCUCACUCUCCCUUGCUGCAGCAGCAGCAGCAGCAGCAGCAGCAGCAACCGCAGCAGCAAGCUCGCGCCUUUACAGAGGGGACUUUCGCAGCCCUCCGAUCCUUGCCCUUAUGCUCAUCGUCUCCGUCGUUGCUGCUGUUGUUGCUGCUGUUGCUGCUGUUGCUGCUGCUGCAGUUUGUGCUGCAGCUUUAUGCAGAUGUUAUCAGAGCGCUGCAGGGCUCGGAGGCGACCCUUAG